ACCGACCUUUGAACCACCGUCAGCUUGGCAACAAGAUGCUACACGAUCGUCCUGUGGAUCGUCGUUUACGUUUCUGUUGUUAAUUUGCUAAAAAAAAUGCCACCGAAAAAGGGUAAAGGAAAAAAGAAAGCAAAAAAUGCUGAACCUGAAGGGGAACCAGAUAAGCCAGCUCAAGCUACUGAGAAAGAAAUCUUACUAAAGCAGGAAUUAGAUUCCUUGACUGAAGAAUUGGCUGGUUUGAAAAAGAGGGUUGAUGAGCUACGUCGUGAAAAUGAAUGGUUACAAGAAGAAGCACAUAAGACAAGAGUUGAAAGUCAUGAGUACAUGUCCUAUAUGUCAAAAAAAGCUCACAAACGACAGACAACAAUUAUUACAUUGAGCGAUCAAAAUCAGGAAGAGAUUCGCCAGAUUAACCUACAGAAAGAGGCUAUGUUGAUGGAUUAUGAAGCCAAGAAAAAAGUUUUGCGCGAUGAACUGAUGGAAAAGGACUCCGAACUUGCCAAGACUAAUAAAGAGCUGCAGGAACUAGAUGAAUACAAGCAACUACAGGAAGAUCAGGUGAAACGAAUCCGUGACCUUGAAAAGGAAGUGAUGCGUAUGCGCGGUAAACAUACCGACACAAUUCAGAAGCUCAAAUCCAAGUUCCUUGCUGAGAAACGUGAAUUUCAGCAGGAAUCAGAUGGCAAGAUACAGCAGGUUGCUCAACAGGCCAAUAGGGAAGCCCUGAUUUGCCUCCAAGACCACACUAACAAAAUCAAGCAAGAAAACCGUGAACUGAGGCACGAGCUGCUGAAGCUGAUCCGAAGAUCUCGAGCUUUGCAAGAACACAAGGCGGACUUAGAAGAACAGAAACGGCAACUUCUGUGUGAGAAACAAUAUGCUGAUGAUCUGAAGCGACUACGUACCACUCGACAACAUCAAGUCCUCACAUCAUUUGGACUUAUCGAUAAAGAAAACAAUUUGAAACAGGAAACUCAAUGAAUUUUGAACUUAUGUGCUUGGCUGACAUACACCUCCCACAACUCUUGUACUUCCAAUUGCAUGUGGACACACGGAUAAAAACAUUGUCCCUUAUUUGCCUAAUUCUCAAUAUGCAGGUUAAUUGUGGAGCCAAGCGAUCAGACUCUAAUUAAAGCCCUGGGAUCCAGUAGGGGCACGGGGGCACAUGUCCCCCUGUUUUUCAAAUUAUUAUGAAAAUUUCAAUGCAUACCAAUGUUAUGUGCUACUCACUUAUACCUCUCAGCCAACCGCUCAGCUUCACUCUGAGAUGAGUACAUACAGAUCAAGGAAUUAUUCCACAAAUGAUGCUUGUGUGAUAUUUCAAUAAAGGAUUUAAUGAAGAUGUAA